AUGCGUCUCUCUUCCAGCGUGCUGCUUUUGGCCGCUCUCCUCGGUCUCUUGGCCGCUUCUUCGACCGCCCAAGUGGUUACCUCUGGCACUGCCACCCCGACCUCGGUCGAGUGCACCAGCGGCUUCAUCCGUGAUCAAUGCACCGGCACCUGCAAGUCUGUUACCGACCCUUCUAUUGACGAGGACCUUGACUGCCAAGGCGUCUGCUUUGCCUCCCCCAAGGCUUUCAUCAACUCUUGCGGAAACUGCGUUGGCGGCACGACUGGCCUCCCCGACGACGAAGGCGUAAACUGCGCUGGCACUUGCGAUACUUUGUAUGCCACCGACGUUUGCGGCAUUUGCGCGCCCGUCGAUCUCCUUGACAUUGACAAGCCGUACAUUGACUGCAUGGGCACUUGCUUCGGCUCCUACUCUUAUGACGAGUGCGGCUCCUGCACCAGCUCCGAAAACCCUGCCGGUCCCCUGCCCAACUAUCAGCGUGAUGCUUGCGGCGUCUGCUUUGGCAACAAUGAGACCUGCACUGACUGCUUUGACGUCGUCAACGGCGGCGCUGUUCGCGACAACUGCGACGUCUGCGGUGGCGAUGACAGCACCUGCAUGACGACCACCCUCGUCACCCCCGCCGCUGUUCCCCUCCUCGCCUCUGGCACCCGCUACACUUUCGCCGUGUCUGGUGCUGGCUUUGCCGCCAAUCCUUCCGCCCUUUGCCAGCUGACUGGUCCUUCCCCUUCCGUGGCCGUCGCCACCUUCGCUGGUACCGUCCUCUCUGGCUCGUCGGCUCUUUGCGAGGCCCCCUUCAGCUCCGAGCUCGGCGUUGGCUCUUACGAGGUCCGCAUUUUUGCUGAGAACGGUGCCUACACCGUCCCCUCCGCCACCGUCUACCUGUACCCUUCCGACCUGGCCUUCUCGACCACCAACAACAACGACUACGACGGCAGUGCCAUCACCGUCACGGCCACCGCCGGCAGCAUCCCCACGGACUUGGCCCCGUCCGUUCGCUUCACCGACAGCGAUACUCCCGCGCUCUACGCUGCUCAGACCCUUGUUGCCGACUCGUUCGAUGCUUCCUCGAUCCAGGUUGCCGCGCCCACCACCACCACCACCUCGGUCAAGUUUGCUCUGCACGUCACUUUCAACGGUGUUGACUUCAUCCCUGUUGCCAACAACAUCAUUUUCCGCGCUGCUGCCCCCGUCGUCUCGUCUGCCGUUUGGACCAACACUGGCUCUGGUGUUCAAGUCGCCUUCGCAGCGCCCGGCAUCCACUCGAUUCCCACCACCACCUGCUCGUCGUACUUUACCUCGACCACUCUUGGCAACGGCGCGACUUGCGUUCUCACCACCGCGACGACUCUCACCAUUUCCUUCUCUGCCGACAACUCGUUCGCCACUACCGAAAACCUCAUCCCUGUUGCUGGCGCCAUCGUCGCUUACGACCAGCGUUACACCAAGCCCCUCACCACCGCCAUCACCACCACUGCGCCCGUGGCCCCUGUCGCGCCGGCUGUGACCCUGCUCGGCAACACCCUUGUCGGUCAGUGCAACGACCUCACCCUCACCUGGUCCAGCUUGGCCAGCAAUGUGGGCUUUGCUUGGGAAGUCACCGACUUGAACGGCAUUGACGGCUCCACCACCCUGGUCGAUUACCUGACCGCCAACACUGUUGUCGGCAGCGGUCUUCUCGUUGUUCCCCGUGCUCAGCUUACCAGCGGCGCUCGCUAUUCCAUCAAGUUCAGCCUGACCUUCUUCACCGCUUCCAGCAGCAGCACUCACGUUGUCGACAUCACCGUUGACCAGAUCCCCACCGCGACCAUCACUUCGCUUUCUGGCCUCAACCUCGCUCGUGGCAACCAGAACAAGUUCCAGGUUUCUGUUGCCUUCCCCUCUUGCGUUCCUUCCCAGGCUAUGACCUACGCAUGGACUCUGUCCGACGCCACUCUCAACAUUGAGUUCGACUUGGCUGCUCUCUCGAUUCCCCACGACCUGCAGGUGAUCACCUUCCCCCCGUUCACCUUCGUGCCCGGCCACCAGUACCUCCUUUCCGUCGCCGCCACCGUUGUUUCCUCCGGCGUUGUUGCCUCCGUCUCUGGCAUGCCGUUCUCUGCCAUUCCCCCGCGUAUCUCCGCUGACGUCGUCGCCCCUGCCCUCGUUGACGCCUCGGGCUCCAUCUCGGUUGUCGUUUCCUGCAGCGAUGUUGACCAGACUUCUGGCGCUUGCAACUACGCCGUCAACUGCUUGGACAAUGCCGGUGUUGUUUGCCACGACAAGCUCGGCGCCAAGCUCGUUCCCACUCUUGUUUCCACCGACAAUGUGAACAACAUUGCCACCUUCAGCAUCAACCUGAACAACGCGUACGCUGGCGGUGUCAGCCUUGCCAUUUCCGCCCUGGUGACCAAGAACGGUGCUUCCGCCGCUUCGCUCACCAGCAACGUCAACAUUCGCAAGCCUGCCAACCCUUCCAUCACCAUCAAGUACGUUCUCCCGACCACCGCCACCCUGUCGUCCACCGAUUCCCUUCAAGCUGACGCCUCCCAUACUGGCGACUCGCUCGUCUGGACCACUGCCGCCUGCGUUGGCUGCAACACCAUCCCCAACAUUGCCGCUGUUGCCUGCACCACCACCACCCCCACUGGCCUUUGCGUUCCCCCUUCGGCCCUUGUUCCUGGCGGUCUCUACCAGUUUGUUGCCACCAGCACCAAUGCUGCUGGUUCGUCCUCGGUCUCCUUCACCCGCCGCGUCGCCCCCGUGCCGUUCGGCGGCAGCGUCAACGCGUCCAACGUCCACCUCGGCAACCGCAAGGCUUCCCUGUCCGACUCGGUCGCUUGCAACAUUUAUGAUGCCUACACCAACUCGUUCACCAGCAUCACUGUCAACAUCCCCGCCGUCACCCGUCGCAGCGUCUUGCGUCGCGAUGCCAUCAGCGACAACAACGACAACGCUGACAUUCUUGCGCUCUCCCUUGACGAAGCUGACGAUCUCCUCGAGUCCUCCCAGUUCUCUGAUGCCCUUUCCCUCGUCUCUGGCGCCUCGGCUGACUACUACUCGUCCUACGUGCCCGGCCUCGGCUGCUCCGAUCUCGCCUCGUCGAUCGCUGCUGCCGAGCGUGUUGUCGACAUUCUCGGUGACAUUGUUCCCUCCAUCACCUUCGACCACGACGCUGCCACCUACGACCUAUCGAUCUCGAGAACGCCGUGGAGACUCGCCUCCAGGCGACCACCUCCAACGCCUUUGUUGUUUCCACCAACAGCCCUUCCGCCAGCGCGAUUGACAACGACCUUGCUGGCCGUCUGUUUGAUUUCGCCACUGCCUUCGACAUUCCCAGCUCGUACUUUGCUGGCAUUGUCCGCAUGA